UGACCUGUGAAUGACGGGCGGAACCAUGGCGAAGUGUUGUUGUUCGCGGGGGAGAGUUUUAACUGUCGCAGUGAAGUAUUUAGAGGAGAAGAGUUUCGAGGGCUUGUCAAAACAGAUACGCUUUUUAAAUACUUAAUCCGUAUGAUUAAGCAGUUGUAGCAAUAAAAGUCUACCAACGCUGAAAGUUUUAGCCGUCUAGUUAACGUUUUACUGCUCGAUCAAAGCACCAUGUGGACUUAAAUGGACUUCUUUGCUUCUUAGACACUGUCAUUGAAACUACUUUUGUGAAUUUGACAUGCAUAAAUAGCCUAUAAACUAUAAAUAUUUGACCACUAUAAUUAUUAAGCACACAAGAGUGAAUAUGAAUGUUCAGUGCAUUUUAUAAGCAGGUUUAUAUCCGCCUGGUGAAGCUCGACAUGUUGUGCACUUUAACGUCAAUAAACCGGCUCCGGUUUCACUCAGUGAUAAGAUGUUGUGGAGCGAGACACUUUCACUGCCGUCCAUCACUCUUUGCCUCUGCUCGGACAAACUCAUCUUUCUAUCUGAAACCGAGAGGACCUGUCACUGUUUCUCCUCCAUCUCUGUGUCUGAGGUCAGGAUUCAGACUCGACACCUGUAUAACAGCAUUCAGACCUCCUCCAGGUCAUCGAGUGCCGCUGAUCGUUCAGUCGAGUCAGUUUCACACCUCAGGCAGGCUGAGAGCUUUACCUGCACCCCUGAUCUGGCUGGUCCUGAAGCCCCUGCAGAAGCUCAUGGCCAUUAUUCUGGGCAGGAGCAUCAGAAAAUGGUGGAUGGCCCUGCCGCCCAAUAAAAAGCAGCUGUUUCGUGAGUGGACAUGGCGUCGACGCUGGCACUUGUUGGGAGCUGGGUCGGGACUGUUGAUCUUCAUCUCUCUCCUCUUUCUCACCCACCUGGAUGAAUCUCCAAUUACGGGCAGGACCCGACUGCUGCUGUUCAGCAAGGAGGCCUUCAUGGAACUGGCUCAGUCCACUGCGGAAGUGUAUAUGGAGGACUUUAAGGAUUCUCUGAUUGCUCCGUCGGACCACAGGCACCAGGCGGUGGAGCUCGUGGUUCAGACUCUGGUCCAGAGGAACAAGGACAUUGCUGAGAUGUCCUCUGUCCCCUGGACUGUCCAUGUGGUGGACGGCACUCCCAUCAACGCAUUUGUUUUGCCAAAUGGAGAGAUCUUCGUCUUCACAGGAAUGCUGGAUGCUGUAGCAGACAUUCAUCAGCUGGUCUUUGUUCUGGGACAUGAGAUGGCUCACGCUCUGAUUGGUCAUGCAGCAGAGCAGGCCAGUUUGUCUCACGUCGUGGACCUGCUGUCUGUCAUCCUGCUGACGGCGAUCUGGGCCAUCUGUCCUCGGGACAGUUUAGCUCUUUUGGGCCAGUGGAUUCAGAGCAAACUUGUGCAGUUCUUAUUUGAGCGGCCCUACAGUCGUAAGCUUGAGGCGGAGGCGGACCAGGUUGGCCUGCAGCUGGCUGCCAAGGCGUGUGCUGACGUGAGGGCGGGCACAGUUUUUUGGCAGCAGAUGGAGAUCAAUGAUCAGUUGACUGGCCAACCAACCGUCCCCGAAUGGCUGUCCACACACCCUUCUCACCAAAACCGUGUCAGACAGUUGGACCGCCUCGUUCCUGAGGCUCUGGAGCUCCGUGCACGCUGUGACUGUCCCGCCCUUCCUGAAGUUGACCCCCGUGUUGUUUUCUACCAGAGCGUUCAAUUGCUUCUAGACAAAAUUGAAAAACAAGAGAUGAUGGAAAAAAAGGAAAAGAAUGAGAAGGAGAGAGCUGGAGUCAUGUUGCCGCGGCCUCAAACCCCUCCGGUCCUGGCUCAGGAGUCUCCGCCUCAGCUGGGGGGAGUGCUGGUCACAUCCGCUCUGCCACAAACUCUGCUUAGUAAAUGAGACUUGAUGAAAUGUGACUGACAGAGACAAAUUCAAGCUUUCCUUUUCACUUCUUUUUUUCUAGUCCAGUAGCUCUGAACAAGGCCCGAGAGGAUCGUCAGAUAGAACCGGACAGUUUUUAUUUUUGGAUCCAUUACAUUAGUUGUCACUUUAAUACACAUUUAAUACGUCUGCUGCUGUGAUAUCAGUCUGCGAGAUGAGUUGGAAUGGGCGUAAGUACAUUAUUUGUGUGUGAUGCUUGAGUUUAUGCCCUUAAUUCAAGUAUCCGCGGCAGUGCGUUCAUGUUAAUAAUGGAGCAAUAGUAAAUGGGCUUUUAAUUGGUUUUAAUGAUGUUAUUAGCAUAAGACCCCUGUGAAGUUGAAUGCAUUAUGGUGUACAGUACAUUAUUCAUCAAACAUCUGCCUCUGCUUUAAUGUCUCCUAUAGGUUCUAGGCUGUGAUAUAAUUGCUGUAUAGCAGAUAAUGUCACUGACUUUGAAGCUUCAUGGAGCUGUGGACACAAUUUAUUAUUUAGAGGAUUUGUCAAUGGGCAGCUGAUGCCAAAUAAGGCAUCAUCGCUUUUGUUCUUGGCAAGUGUUGACUUUAUUUUUAAAUGCACUCUUUAUGAAGGCUAUGAAUGUAAAGAAAUUACACUAAAGAAAAGUGAAUUUCACUUAGCAAUGGUAAAUUUUUCAGCAACUUAGAAAGUGAUAUUUGGUUUAAUAAUUAUACAAUGCUAUAUAAUUGCUGGACAAAACAAUGCAAAUAAGUGUUUAACAAGAAUAAAGGAAUUCAGGAAUUUAUUGGACUAAA